AUGGAAUCCUUCAAACGAGCCAAACUCGAUGAGACAAUGGAAACUUCUAAACUGACCAUUGGCACCCAUUCCGGAACCUUCCAAGCGGAUGAAGCCAUGGGGGUUUGGAUGUUGCGUCAGACACCCACCUAUCGGAAUGCCAAGGUCGUUCGAUCCAGAGAUCCUAAAGUUUUGGACACGCUGGAUAUUGUCAUUGAUGUGGGAGGGAUCUACGAUCAUGCCAAACUACGAUACGAUCAUCAUCAACGAGAUUAUGAUGAACGCUUUGACCAAGGAAACAGCAACAAAGAAGGAGAAACCAGAUGUACCAAAUUGAGUGCUUCUGGAUUGGUCUACCGACAUUAUGGCAAGGACGUCAUCACGGCUUACUAUCCUUCCUUGUCACAGGAAAACCUUUGCUUGGCAUACAACAAACUGUACAACAGUCUCCUAGAAGCACUCGAUGCCAUUGAUACAGGAGUGGAACCAGCAGAUGAAAUGAGAUACAAAGACAGUACUGGAUUAUCUGCACGAGUUGGUCGUCUCAAUCCCCGAUGGAACGAAGUCGAUGCACCCAGUCCUGACGAACGAUUCCAACAGGCAUCCGACAUUUGUGGACAAGACUUUCUCGCUGUAUUGACCAAAAUUGUAGAGAGUGAUAUCCCUGCAAGAGCCUUUGUCGAAAAAGCACUCUUGCAGCGAAACGAGAUUGACUCGUCUGGAGAAAUUAUCAAGUUUGAAAGUGGAGGAUUGCCAUGGAGGAAUCACUUGUACGAACUCGAAAAGGAACACUCCGUCGAACCAUUGGUCAAGUUUGUUCUAUACACCGAUCAGGCGGGCAUGUGGCGGGUACAGGCAGUCACCGUGGAAGGAAAACAGUUCGAAAACAGACUCAGUCUACCAAAGGAAUGGAGAGGGGUCCGAGAUGCAGAUCUCGUGUCAGUCACCAAGAUUCCAGGUAGUAAAUUUUGCCAUGCUGCUGGCUUUAUUGGGGGAAAUGAUACCUAUGAAGGUGCCUUGGCCAUGGCGAAAGAAGCUUUGACCAGGAAAGGCGAGGAGUGA